CCCACCCACCCGGCGACUAAUCUGAUCCCGGCUGUCCCCCGGGACCAGCGAGGUCCCAGAAGACCCACGAGGGAGCGGGCGUAACGCGUGGCUGCGGGUGGGAGCCAUGGACGCCUUCAUCCGAGUCGCCAACCAAAGCCAAGGUCGGGACCGACUUUUCAGAGCCACUCAACACGCAUGCAUGUUGCUUAGAUAUUUGUUAGAGUCUAAGGCUGGCAAAGAGGCGGUGGUAACGAAGCUCAAGAAUCUGGAGACUAGUGUGAGCACUGGCCGUAAAUGGUUCAGACUAGGCAACGUGCUCCAUGCCAUCCAGGCCACUGAGCAGAGCAUCCAAGCCACUGACCUUGUGCCCCGCCUAUGCCUAACAUUAGCCAACCUGAACCGCGUGGUUUAUUACAUCUGUGACACUGUCCUCUGGGCGAAGAGUGUGGGUCUGACAUCUGGAAUCAACAGAGAGAAGUGGCAAAUGCGGGCGGCCCGCCACUACUACUAUUUCCUCUUGCUGAGCCUGGUCCGGGAUCUGUAUGAGGUCUUGCUGCAUAUGGGACAAGUUGCACGUGACAGAGCAAAGAGAGAGAAGUCCUCCGGGGACCCUCCUAAGUACAGCGUCGCUAAUGAAGAAAGUGAAUGGCUCCAGUCCUUCCUCCUCCUCCUCUUCCAGUCUCUAAAGCGAAAUCCGCCCUUAUUCCUGGACACCGUGAAGAACUUCUGUGACAUCCUGAUCCCUUUGAACCAGCUCGGGAUCUACAAGUCCAACCUUGGCGUGGUAGGAUUUGGAGGUCUCGUGUCCUCUGUGGCUGGCCUCAUCACUGUGGUGUAUCCUCAGUUGAAACUGAAGGCCCGCUAGGGUAUUUGGAAAAUUUAAGACUGACGUUCAGUGGAGCAAACAUUUGCUUUUGUCAUGAUGUCUACUGUACUUAAUUUUUUUUAAUCAUGUGAGCAUCUUACCAACCGGUGAUGUGAGCAGAGGUAGGACCCACAACGGAGCCUGAAGACUGAUGACGUUUUUGUAAACACGGCAGUAACUUCUGCACAUUUCCCCUUCAGUGAACAUUGCUGAGCAUCUUUUCUGUACAUAGUAAGAGCUCAGUAUAUGCUGAACAAAUAAAGAUAGAAAGGAACGAAGUCAUCGAAAACCCAAGGAAACUAGAAUUACAGAUCGGGUCGCAUGGGUUUUGAUUUCACACAAGCACAUCAGGGCCCGGCACAGCACUCCUGGCUCUGGUUAAGGCUUCCCUUUUCUCCCAUCUGUGGUUGUUAUCCCCCAGCCCCACAGAUGUCAGUAGUGGGAUGGAGGGGAGCUGUGCUCAGAGCCUGGUAACCUGUUGGCCCUGGUCAUUGCUGUAGUUGUGUCCUGACCAUGUUCAGAAGUAGACUCAGAAAAACAUCAGUACCUUUGUGCCGGAAGCGGUGUCCACAGGUAAUGCUGUGAGUAAGCAAGAAAACAGCAGGAGGGACCAGAGGUGAAAGUAGGUGGGAGGUCACCACUGCCCAUUACAUAAUCCAUCACAGAUAAGGAAAUUGACAAUACAAAACAAAGCCACUAGCACACAGGUUUAUUCUGAUUCUUCCCAAGAUGAUUCCCGUGAUCUCAUGACCCUCAGCAGCAUUUCCAGGCUCAAAGCCCUUAGUCCCUUAACAUGCCCCUCCCCCUGCUGGCCUGGAACGUCCAUCCACGGUCUCUGUUCUAGUCUAUAAAGUGCAAAACAAUGUAGACUCACCCAGGCUGGUUUUAUUUAAAGCUACAUAACAGUUUGGGCAAUUCCACAGUAUUUUUCAUCAAAAUAAGAGAAUUAAAAUUCUUCUGCCUAUGAAUGUAGGAAUGUCAGUUUUCUGUGACAAAUCUGAUUUUUCUCAGGACAACUGGGAGGGGCGGGAAAGAGCUAUCGGGCCAGUGGAGAGGGUGUGGGGACGCUCUUCACGGCUCAGCCUUCCUGUCUUGAGCUUGGUUUAGGUGUGUGAAGUGGGAGACACUGGCCAGCAGGUGGGCCAGUGUCUCAGCACCGAUAAAGCCGUGUACAGUUAAGUGGAAAUGAGAACUCUGCACUAAGUAACUGCUUUCCGUGAAUGUGAAGAAGAUUCUUGCAAAGUGGACUCAGGACCUUGGCACUGUAUUUGUAAAAUGAUAAUGUGCUUUGAGAAAACCUUAGGGGGAGGGGGGAUGAAAGAAAUUAAAGUGGUAAAACAAGACAAAUAUGAGUAAAUGCCUAUUUUUACUGUAACAUUAAUUAUGUCUAAUAAAUUUCUAGAUAAAAUUGA